AUGGUUCGAUUACCCCUGGAGAUGCGCGAAAUAGUUAUCGAUUAUAUGGCACCUGAAACUCGCUGUAGAUUUGCUCAAUGCUCAAAGUUAUGUGAAAUCGAAGUGAAAAUGUGUGGAAAAUAUGUGAGAAGCAUUGAAAUCGGAAGGGAAAUUCAUCCAGAACUCAAAAUUGGACACUCAUCAAGUGGUUUCGAAUAUGCUCUUGAAUUUAUCGAUAUUUUUAAUCUGACUGAACGGCAAUCAAUGGUUGUUUAUAAAACGUAGGUUUCUUCGUUUUGAAUUGUUUUUUUUUGUAAAUAAAAUUUUUUUUUCAGAACGGACUUCAAUGAAGAUUAUAGAGAAUCGAAUAAGAAGGUGAAAUGGAUUGAAACAAAAUAUGAGUCGGCUGAAGAGGUACGAAGCAAAUAUUUGAAAGAUUUCUUGGAAAAUUAUCACAAAUCGAUUCAGAAUUUGAUCCUUGGAGAUACAGAAUUCGCGUUUGAUGAAUGGAAUGUUAAAAUGUUGAAGAAUUUAUACAAUAUCGAAGAUUUCACAUUUAAAGAUUUGAUUCGCACUGGAUUUAUGGAAUUUCCUCAAAUUCUAAAAGCAGAUUGGUGCAAAAUCGAAGGAACAUCUUUGACUUUCGAUGAAAUUAUUCAAUAUAAAGGAGUCGUUUUGAUUGCAAAAUCGAGUCAAUUUAAUGAAUCGAAUGUUGCCAGAUAUUUGAGAAUGUUAAGAGAUGGAACACUUCCAAAACAAAAAGGUUUUAUUAUUGUUACUUCUAGCAAUACGAGUCGACGUGUGAAUUUCAAAGAACUUUCCGAAGGUUUGGAAUUAUUGGAUUAUACCGAAACUGAUUGUCAAUGUGUUGCCGAGUUUUGUAUCAGAUGGAGGUCACGAAAUAAUCGAGAUUGUUUUGCCGAAGUUUGUUUUUCUCAUGGUUCUUUUAAUUUGGAAAUCGGACCAGUUUAA